AAGGGUAAUUUACAGACAAAACAAAAAUAUCGGCGAAGAAGAGAGAUUGGGUGCUCUGUUUUGGUUCCUUAAAAGAGAUUGAGGAGAUUAUAUAUUUGUAAAUUUGAGAUGGUUCCUCCAGUAAUUUAUACGUAUACGCGAAGGAGAGGUCGAAGACUUGGAAGGGACGAUGAUACUUCAGUGAUGAUGACUCGUCGGAGACCCGACUCCGAUACUAUCGAGGUAAUGGUUGAGAAUCGCUUGAUUGGUUUAUUUAAGGAGGAUGAUGAAAGAAUUCGAGAUUUGGGUUGCAUUGAUGAAACUGAAACCAGAAGUAAUUUGCUUCUUCAAUGUCAUCGUGAUGAUGUUUGUUGCCUCGACAAGGGUAAUAAGAGCGAUAGCUUUGUUUCAUGUAGUAGAAAUUUGGAUGAUUUGUUCUCUGGGUUCGCUUUUAAGGGUGUGAGGAGUAGGAAAAGGGAUGACUUUGGAAAUGAAACUUCUAGUUAUAAUCUUGUUUCUCCAUACUUCCAAGGAUCUACUACUGAUUCACAACAGUCCAAUGUAGGGUGUGAUUCUCAUAGUGUUUGCUCUCAAAGUAGAAGAAAACGUAGGAAAGGAUGCAGCAAAGUUCCAAGAGUUUCUCCAUACUUCCAGGCAUCAGCUAUUUCACAAUGUGGUUCUGAUAUUGUUGCUUCACAAAGUGGAAGAAACUAUAGGAGAGAAAGCAGAAAACUUCAAGCUAAGGUUCGAAGAGUUUCGCGUUAUUUUCAGGCGUCAGCUGAUUCAGAACAGCCAAGAGAUUUGCGUCAGUAUUUUAAGGUUGUGAAAGUUUCAAGAUAUUUCCAUGAUGUUGUGCCUGCGGAUGGAAUUAGAAUCGAUGAAUCACAAAAGGAGAAGUCAACAAGGGUGAGGAAAACUCCGGUUGUGAGUCCUUUACUCUCGCUUUCUCAGAAGACCGAUGAGGCAUACCUGCGGAAAACGCCUGAUAACACAUGGGUGCCUCCACGAUCUCCAUGUAAUCUACUUCAAGAAGAUCAUUGGCAUGAUCCAUGGCGUGUGCUAGUUAUAUGUAUGCUUCUCAACAAAACAUCUGGUGCUCAGACACGGGGAGUGAUAUCAGACUUGUUCGCAUUGUGUCCUGAUGCAAAGACUGCAACAGAAGUUGAAGAAAAGGAGAUAGAGAGUCUGAUAAAACCUCUUGGACUGCAAAAGAAGAGAGCCAAAAUGAUUCAACGGUUAUCUCUGGAGUAUCUUCAAGAGAGCUGGACUCAUGUCACUCAGUUGCAUGGCGUUGGAAAGUAUGCAGCAGAUGCGUAUGCUAUAUUCUGUAACGGGAAUUGGAAUCGCGUGAAGCCUAAUGAUCAUAUGCUAAACCAUUACUGGGAAUUCCUCAGGAUUCGGUAUAAAUUAUGAGUGGUAAGUAACAUCUACAUUGUACUAAAUAGUAUUUACUGGUAGUUUUCUUUUCUUCUGUCUUUUAUUGUCUUUGUCACCAAUGUUUAAAAGCUGUAAAUGAAAUAUUAUCUUAUACUAAUAACUAGUUUGUAUAUCUUAUAUAUUGUAAUGUGUUUUGGACCUUUUGGUAUCAGCUAUGGCUUUUAUUUUGUGUUUAAUA